CGUUCGCGGCGCUGUUCGGCUCCGUGGCGGACGCGCGGCACUUCGCGGCCGUGCAGAAGCAGCAGCUGCGGCAGCUCGCAGGCGACGACGCGUCCGCCAGCCAGGAUGACUCGGACAACAGCGUCUCGGAGAGCCUGGACGAGUGCGACUACUCGGUGGCCGAGAUCAGCCGCUCGUUCCGCUCGCAGCGCGAGCUCUGCGAGCAGCUCAACAUCAACCACAUGAUCCAGCGCAUCUUCCUCAUCACGCUGGACAACAGCGACCCCAGCAUGAGGAGCGGGAACGGCAUCCCGGCGCGCUGCGUCUACUUGGAGGAGAUGGCCGCGGAGCUCGACGACCAGGACUGGCUGGACAUGGACAACGUGGAGCAGGCGCUCUUCACUCGCCUGCUGCUGCCCGAGCCGGGGAAUCACCUGAUCCACAUGACGGCCACCGGCGCGCAGAACCUCUCAGCGGACAGGGACGCGGGCGAGCGGCAGAUCCUGCGCUACCUCUACGCCUGCUUCCGCAGAGCCAGGGAGGAGAUCACCAAGGUCCCGGAGAACCUGCUGCCCUUCGCCGUGCGCUGCCGCAACCUGACCGUAUCCAACACGCGCACCGUUCUGCUCACCCCGGAGAUCUACGUCAACCAGAACGUGUACGAGCAGCUCGUGGACUUGAUGCUGGAGGCGCUGAGAGGAGCGCAUUUUGAAGACACGACCGAGUUUCUGGAGGAGGUUAUAGAAGCCCUGACGCUGGAUGAGGAAGUGCGGACGUUUGGGGAAGUCAUGAUUCCAGUGUUUGACAUUCUAUUGGGCAGAAUCAAAGACCUGGACCUUUGCCAGAUUCUGCUGUACACUUACCUGGACAUGCUCCUCUAUUUCACCAAGCAGAAGGACAUAGCCAAGGUUUUUGCAGACUAUAUUCAGCCCAAGGAUCCUAGCAAUGGGCAGAUGUACCAGAAGACUUUGUUAGGUGCCAUUUUAAGUAUCUCCUGCUUGUUAAAGACUCCUGGCGUAGUAGAGAACCACGGCUACUUUUUGAGUCCGUCCCGAUCCAGCCCCCAAGAGAUCAAAGUUCAGGAGUCCAACAUCCAUCAGUUUAUGGCCCAGUUCCAUGAGAAGAUCUACCAGCUGCUGAAGAACCUCCUGCAGUUGUCUCCAGAGACCAAGCACAGGAUUCUGUCCUGGCUGGGAAACUGCCUCCACGCUAAUGCAGGUCGCACCAAAAUCUGGGCGAACCAGAUGCCCGAGAUCUUCUUCCAGAUGUACGCCUCCGAUGCCUUCUUCCUGAACUUGGGAGCUGCCCUGCUGAAGCUGUGCCAGCCCUUCUGCAAGCCCAAGUCUCCCAGGUUGCUUACAUUUAACCCUACCUACUGUGCCCUGAAGGAGCUCAACGAAGAGGAGAGGAGGAUUAAGAAUGUGCACAUGAAAGGUUUGGAGAAAGAAACUUGCUUGAUACCUGCUGUGACAGAGCAAGAGCCAGAGUUUGCAAACAGCUACAAUCUAGUAACAGAAAACCUGGUCCUAACACAGUACACCCUUCACCUAGGAUUUCACAGGCUGCACGACCAGAUGGUAAAGAUAAACCAAAGCCUUCACCGCCUGCAAGUGGCGUGGCGAGAGGCUCAGCAGAGCUCGAGCCCUGCCGCCGACAGUCUCAGGGAGCAGUUUGAACGCCUCAUGACCAUCUAUCUGUCCACAAAGACGGCGAUGACGGAGCCGCAGAUGCUGCAGAACUGCCUCAAUCUGCAGGUGUCCAUGGCUGUUCUCCUGGUGCAGCUGGCCAUCGGGAACCGGGGCACGGAGCCCCUCGAGCUGGCGUUCCCGCUGCCGGCAGUGGAGAGCAGCGCCCUGGCUCACGUACCAGAGUUUUUUGCCGAUAACUUGGGCGACUUCUUCAUUUUCCUGCGUCGUUUUGCUGAUGACAUCUUGGAGACUUCGGCGGAUUCUCUGGAGCACGUCCUUCACUUUGUCACUGUUUUCAUGGGGGACGUAGAGAGAAUGAAGAACCCUCAUCUGCGAGCCAAGCUGGCAGAGGUGCUGGAAGCCGUGAUGCCCCACUUGGACCAGGCCGCCAGCCCCCUGGUCUCCAGCGUGUUCCAUCGCAAGCGUGUGUUCUGCUCGUACCGGCACGCCGCCCCGCUGGCCGAGGCGCUCAUCAAGGUCUUCGUGGACAUCGAGUUCACAGGUGACCCACACCAGUUUGAGCAGAAAUUUAACUACCGCCGUCCGAUGUACCCCAUCCUGAGGUACAUGUGGGGCACGGACUCGUACCGGCAGAGCAUUAAGGUUUUGGCCGAUUAUGCUUCGGAGAACCUCGAGGCCAUGAAUCCCCCUCUCUUCUUGCGCUUCCUUAACUUGCUCAUGAACGAUGCCAUUUUCCUGUUGGAUGAAGCAAUACAGUACCUGAGCAAGAUUAAAGUGCAGCAGAUAGAGAAGGAUCGUGGUGAAUGGGACAGCCUGUCCCCGGAGGCCCGCCGAGAGAAGGAGUCCAGCCUGCAGAUGUUCGGGCAGCUGGCUCGCUUCCACAACAUCAUGUCCAAUGAAACCAUCGGCACUCUGGCCUUCCUGACGUCGGAAAUUAAGUCCCUGUUUGUGCAUCCUUUUCUCGCUGAGCGCAUCAUCUCCAUGCUAAACUAUUUUCUGCAACACCUGGUUGGCCCUAAAAUGGGAGCCUUGAAAGUCAAGGAUUUCAGCGAGUUUGACUUCAAACCGCAGCAGCUCGUGUCUGACAUCUGUACCAUCUACCUAAACCUUGGGGACGAAGACAACUUCUGUGCCACGGUGCCCAAGGACGGCCGCUCCUACUCGCCAACGCUCUUCGCCCAGACCGUGAGGGUUCUGAAGAAGAUCAAUAAGCCUGGCAACAUGAUAGUGGCUUUCAGCAACCUGGCUGAGAGGAUCAAGUCUCUCGCAGACCGGCAGCAGCAGGAAGAGGAGACGUAUGCGGACGCGUGCGACGAGUUCCUGGACCCGAUCAUGAGCACGCUCAUGUCAGACCCGGUAGUGCUGCCGUCGUCCCGCGUCACCGUGGACCGCUCAACCAUAGCCCGGCACCUGCUCAGUGACCAGACGGAUCCUUUUAAUCGGAGCCCCCUCACUAUGGACCAGAUUAGACCAAACACAGAGCUUAAAGAAAAGAUCCAGCAGUGGCUUGCGGAGAGGAAGAAGCAGAAGGAGGAGCUGGAGGACACGCUGAACUGAUGAAAUCUCCAUCUCUAGACCUACAAUCAUCCACAAGAGAAAUGCCUUGCAGGGGUGGUGGUUGGCACCCAGAGCAUCCGUGAAAGCUGCCACUUCCAGCCAAAAUGCAUUUGUUAGUGCAGUGCCACCACCCCUGAAAUCUCUCCUAGGACCUUCCCUUCUCUCCCUUCUUUCAACUUUCCUUUCAAGACUUACUGUUUAAUAUUAGAAAAUUCCACUGCACUCCAGCUUAUGCUUCUUUUGAUGGUCCCUGUAAUCCGAUUGUGUCAGCUCUUUCUGAGGACUGCCCGGUUCUGUGCUCCGUGAUACCAAAAGGAUUCC